CUCCGCACUGGCGGAAGUGACACCAUAAACGCGCGCCAGGAGUUCAUGAGGGGUCGCGGAGGGUCGCGGUGGCGGGCGCCGGGGCUGCCUGCCGUUUGAGUUGUUUUUCGCGGGUGGGAGUCGCCGGCGGCCGUGGCUCCAGAGCAGCAUCUCUUUCCAGGCAGAGGGAGGACGACCUGGAGGGCUGAGGGAGUGGCGCGGAGUCCCGUGGGGAUGCCCUGGAGGAAGACUGGGUGCUGAGCGGCUCCCUAGCGAAGCGUGAUUUGCCGGGAAGUGCGCGGCGCCAUGGAUCAGAACAGCAGCCUGCCGCCCUAUGCCCAGGGCCUGGCCUCCCCCCAGGGCGCCAUGACUCCCGGGAUCCCCAUCUUCAGUCCGAUGAUGCCGUACGGCACAGGGCUGACUCCACAGCCCAUUCAGAACACCAACAGUCUGUCCAUCCUGGAGGAACAGCAGCGGCAGCAGCAGCAGCAACAGCAGCAACAGCAGCAGCCACCACAGCCACCCCCUCAGCCGGCCACAGUGACCACAGUGACGGCUGCGGUUCAGCAGUCAGCGACCCAGCAGGCGACUCAGGGGCCCUCAGGACAGACGCCACAGCUCUACCACUCACAGACUCUUACGACGGCACCCUUGCCGGGCACCACGCCCCUGUACCCCUCGCCCAUGACCCCCAUGACCCCCAUCACGCCUGCCACGCCGGCCUCAGAGAGCUCUGGGAUCGUGCCACAGCUGCAAAAUAUUGUAUCCACAGUGAAUCUUGGCUGUAAACUUGACCUGAAGACCAUCGCACUUCGUGCCCGAAAUGCUGAAUAUAAUCCCAAGCGCUUCGCUGCUGUGAUCAUGAGGAUCCGGGAGCCCCGGACGACGGCGCUGAUCUUCAGUUCCGGGAAGAUGGUGUGCACGGGCGCCAAGAGUGAAGAGCAGUCCCGCCUCGCAGCAAGGAAGUACGCCAGAGUCGUGCAGAAGCUGGGCUUCCCAGCCAAGUUCUUGGACUUCAAGAUCCAGAACAUGGUGGGCAGUUGCGACGUGAAGUUCCCCAUCCGGCUGGAAGGCCUCGUGCUGACCCACCAGCAGUUCAGCAGUUAUGAGCCAGAGUUAUUUCCCGGUUUAAUCUACAGAAUGAUCAAACCCAGAAUUGUUCUCCUUAUUUUUGUUUCUGGAAAAGUUGUACUAACAGGUGCUAAGGUCAGAGCAGAAAUUUACGAAGCCUUUGAAAACAUCUACCCGAUCCUCAAGGGCUUCAGGAAGACCACGUAACAGCUGCGGCCCUCCCGCCCUCCCCACCCGCUUGGUUCUGAAAACAAACCCGUUUUGGUACUUAGGUGGUGGCAGUGUGGGUGGUGGCCUGCACUCGCGCCAGACGGCACUGUCCUGGCGGCGCCUUGCGCCCUCGUACCUGGAUUUAGAGUUUUAAACACUUCCUGCUGCCGACAAGUGGGUGUGAGGGAGAAACUUCAGUGUGAAAGCUGCCUCUGCAGUUGCCUGGGCUUUUCAUUUUGUUUGCUUUCUUCCCCGUGAACCACAGUUUUUAUAUUUCUACCAGAAAGUAAAAAUGUUUUUUAAAAGUGUUGUUUUUCUAAUUUGUAACGCCUAGGGUUUACCUUUGUGCCGACACGUCCCGCCUCUCCAGGGUCGCGGGUCACGGCAGAGGGCUGCCGAGGGGAGUGGGCCUCACGCCUCCUCCCGUCAGCACGCUGUGCGAUACACGCUGUUUGUGAAAGUGUUGGGUUGACCUUACAGACGAUGCCUUGUAAGAUUUCUGUGAUCACACUGUUGGAAAAGUUGUAUUUUAGAUACAAUGCCUGAAAUCA